AUGGAGUUGGGGUUGGACAAGUGCGCCAAGGGUCACAAUCAAGAAAGGGCGACUAGCCAACUCCAGUAACAUCGAGCUCGACGUCAACACCAUCAUCCAGGACUUAGAUCAGGAAGGUACCUAUAAGUACCUCGAAGUUAGCGAGGGAGACGGAGUGCAGCGGUCUCAGAUGAAAGAGAAGAUCCGGAAAGAGUACUACCGCAGGAUCCCGAUGGUACUCAAGUCUGAGCUUAACUCCGCAAACAAACUGGAAGCCAUCAAAGCCUUGGCAGUACCAGUGGUAACUUACAGUUUUAACAUCAUAAACUGGUCGUUACAAGAGCUGGGCAAACUUGAUACAAAGACCAGAAAGUUCCUGACUAUGUACAAGAUGCACCACCCCAAAUCUGACGUGGACAGGCUGUACCUGCCCAGAACUGAAGGAGGUAGAGGGCUCACACAACAGGAGCCUUCUUACAAGUCAACCACUAUCGGUCUUGAUAAAUACCUCCAGGAGACGCACGACACUCUUCUCCACAUGACGACAGGAAAUCCUUGUACUCCAUCAGAAGACAGUCAAUGA